UCUUCACACCUCUCCUUCUCCCUUUUCAAUUUUCUGUUCUAGCUCUAUAUUUCUUUAGUGUUUUUGCAAUUAACGUUAACUCGUAAGUUUAUUCUGUAUUACUUUUUAUUGUUAUUUGUGAUUUGUGAUUUUAUGAUAUUAACUGAACUACAGUUUUUUUGCAGAUGGCAUUCCAAAAGUUCACGCUUGGCUUACGGUGGAAUGGUUACACGAAAGAGACCGGAAAGGGAGUCACCUACGUCGGUGGCAAUUUUCAGAAAAUAAAGGUCGCUAUCAGACCGCUGCUUGAAGACCUCUGAUGACUUGAUAUAUACACAUGUUUUUGCCCACCAUUCUUACAUCGUUUGAGUCUUAUCUCUCGUGUUUUAGGCCGAUUUCACGCUAGGUUGUUCUUUUUUGUGAUAUUUUAGGUCCUAGUACGUGAAUGAAGGUUUGGGAACGAGUUCGGGGUCGAUUGGACGAAGAUCGGACGUUUGGCGAGAAGCUGAGGAAGCCACACGGGCACGCCUAAAAAUCCACACGGCCGUAUGACCUGGCCGUGUGACAUCAAAUUGCACGGGCAAGCCACACUGCCCGUGUAAGGGAACCCAUGUGGUCGUGUCGAAAUCACCGAGCAUUCACACGGGCAUCCUGGAAAUUCCACACGGCCGUGUGGUUUUGGCCGUGUAGCUUGGCUGAAGUCCACUUAUCGAAACGCCGCGUUUUGCACACUCACACGGGCAGCUGGGAAAGCCACACGGCCGUGUGACUUGCCCGUGUGGUCGGGAAUUUCUGGGUUUUAACCCAAUUUCAAGCCAAAGGAGAGGGAAUCGACGUUUUGGAGCAAUAAUAGAGCCCUAGAGAGAGAAAGUGCGAAGAACACCCCCUAAGAGUGGUUUUGGAGCUGGGUUUCAUCAAUCAAGCUUGGAAAUCACCCUUGGAGCGAAGAUCAUCAUCCCAGAGCAGAUUCUUCCCAUUUUUAUGAGUAUGACUGCUUUGUAUUCUGUUUCCCUCUCUCUCUCUCUAUGGAGUAGAACUUUCUCUCACUUGGGUUUGAAGAACCCUAGUUCCAUGUGUUAGGGAUCUUGAUUGUAAUGACUUGGGAUUGUUAUAUUGUUUGGUUUUAAUCGAAUGAUGCAUGAUUCAUUGAAUUAAUUGAAGUCUAAUCAGUUUUCUUGAUUUCUGCGGCAACCUGAGAUAGAUAGAAUCUGAUUAGGUUGUUAGAGCUUCAUCAUUCGGUAGUAGUAGAUUGGUUAUACGAGAGUUAGUUAAUCUACUGCUUUGUACUGGAAUCCAAUUCCAUUAGUGGAGUUCUGUGUUCAUAGCCUCAACUUUCUAUCCCGGUGAAGACUAGUCGUCUGCCGGGUAGUUGGACUAAGAGGGCUUGGCCAGCUUAAGAGAUUCCAAGCUACUGUCGGAUCUUCCGCAGUUUAAUCAAUAGUAAAUCAACCCAGGGUAAUUACAACUGAGACCUAACUAAGGAGCUAGGGGGGACUCAUUCCCGAGUGACUCUUCCUUUGCUUUAGAAAACCAAACAAUUUCCUGCUUCCUUACUGCUUUUACUUAAAUCAACAAUCAAUUGACUUAGUUUGCUAGAUAAUAAAUAUACACGGAGUAGGCAGUAGAUCUAGACCCCGGGUUGACAAUUAGAGCUUGCCUGUUACUGCAUUUCCGGACUGCGAUUACACUUGGUCGCAGUUUGGUGUUGUGUUUUAGCGUGCCAACCUCCAUCAAAUGUGCACUAACGUUACUUGCAUGGAUGGCACGAGAAGAGUUGAUCGUAUGGUGUACCGAUAUCCAAACAGAGAAAGUGGGUCAUUGUGGCACGAGGAAUAUCUCAUAACCACUCAGGAUGAAGUAGAUUCCAUGCUCGAAUUCUUGAGGUCCAACAAUCUUUCCAAAGCCGAGAUGUUCGUUUACACCGAGGCGGCCGUUGGCGUUGGAGGUCAUUCUGGACACGAUCAAACAUCUGGUAUCCAUGGUGGAGGUGAAUUAUAUGGCGAUCAUCCCUACCAAAGUUACCAUGAUCCUCAUUCCUAUUUUCAGUACCAAGAGCAAGGUGAAGGUCAUCAUCAAUCUUUCCCAUCAUAUGAAGAAGAAGUUCAACUAGACCUCCCCAACCAACCUCAGUACAACUUCCAAUCAGGAAGCGGUAGUUUUCACAACUACCAUUAUAGAGCUGAUGAAGGUGCCUUUCAUGAGCUGGAUCAGAUGGAAGCUGCCCUACCAGCACCAGUUAGUGACCCCUCCGAUGAAGAAGGAGAGAACAACGUCAGUGCAGACAGCUCCGACCCUCUUGAAGGUGCUGAUGAUUCAGGACAAGAGUCAAACUCAGAUAAUGAUGCUGAGGUGGCUCGUGACCGUGUACCAGUCCCCUACUACAAUCACAUUUCAUACGACAAUUGGAUGGUCGACAGCGACAUGGAGCCGCCAGAGGUCCCAGUAUGGGGUCCACUCAUUGGGUUUAUGAAGGGCCAACAAUUUGGCUCAAAGAAGGAGGUGCGGCACGCCAUUGAGACUGAAGCAAUGACUCGGCAUUUUGAAUGGCACACAACUCAUUCCAACACUAAAAGGCUCUUAGUUAGAUGUCGUAAUCAUCAUGAGGGGUGCAAUGUUAGGAUUCAGGCCAUCAACAGCAAGAGACACAGCCACUGGGUCAUAUCCCGUGCGGUGAACACACACACAUGUGUGUCAUCCAUAACUUCCCAAGGCCAUCGACAGUUGAAAUCCAGGGUGGUUGCUGUGGCUAUCAAGCAUCUAAUUGAGCAAGAUCCGGACCUGAAGGUGAAAGUCAUAAUCGCUGACAUUGCAAGUCGUUAUGGUUAUAUGAUUAACUAUAAGAAGGCGUGGCACGGAAAGCAGAAAGCUCUGGCCGCCGUCUUUGGUAAUUGGGAAGAAUCAUAUGCAUUCCUUCCCAGGUUAAUUUUGGCAUUGGAGGUGUCUAACCCUGAUACUGUUUUCUCCCCUCGAUACCAAGAUGAAAAGAUACAACCCCCAGAGCCAGGUAACAAACGCCAUUUCAGACGACUUUUUUGUGCAUUCAAGCCAUCUAUUGAUGGUUUUGGCUUCCGUGUCCCUGUGAUCCAAGUGGAUGGUGCAUUCCUUACCGGCAAGUACAAGGGCACUCUCCUGAUUGCCAGUGGGGCGGAUGCAAACAGACAAGUCUUUCCUUUAGCCUUCACCAUUGUUAAGGGAGAGAAUGCUGAUAGCUAUGGAUGGUUUUUCCGGCAAAUUCAGCUCCACGUCACUAGGAGGACGAACCUGACAAUAAUCUAUGAUCGGCACGCCAACAUCAGAGUUGCCAUCUUAGGUUUAGAUCCAGCCAGGAAGUGGUCCUAAAGGAGGUGCAUACGACACUUCAAGAGAAACUGGAACCAUCAUUUCAA